GAAUGACUCAUCAGAAAUAUUUAAAAUUUUCAGAGUAGAUAAAUAUCGAUGAGUAGAACAAAAGUUAUCAUAGAUCUCAAAUUCCAAAAUACUUCCUUCUAGGAAAGAUUGUAAAGACUAGAAAUUAUACUUGUAAUCGAACCGAUGAUUAUUAAGUUUCCAGUUGUUAUCAAAAUCUCAGUUCUAAAUAUUGAGCCAACACUUUCUCAUCAUACGAUAAAUGCGUCAGAUCAUGCUGAAUGAAUUUAUUAUGUUCACGAAAAGUUAACCAAGUAAAUAGAAGUUAAUUUCGGUCUAAACAAAAGAUUUUUCACAUCGAAAUUUCGAACGCACAUGUCUGUACUAUCGAAUGAGUCAUAAAUAAUGAACCUCUCAGUAUUUUGACCAUAAUUUUUUUUAUACUUCUCAAGUCUUCGAUCUGAUUGUUUUACCAAAACAUGUAUCAUUGAAAUCUCUACUAAAACUUGAUAAAACUUAUUAACUAUAGAAUGAUAAGGAGAUAAAUUAAACAAAAAACACUUAAGAUCUAGAAACAGAUCAAAUUUCUAAACUCACAUCCACAUCCUAAUUCAUGAAACAUCAUAUUACCCAGUAUUGAUUGAAUAGAUACUAAAUCAAUCUUAGAGAUUUCCAUCGAUUUAAUCCUAUUCGAAGAAUUUGAAAAUUUCCAGUUGUUUUGAUCUGUAGUUCUAGAGUUUUUGGAAAAGAUCUGAUAACGGAGCCUAGAUAGCAUCUUUUAAGUUCGGAUUUGUUUUAUAUUAAAGAGAAACGACUUCUGCAUUACGUUCAUUAAUAAAAUUUUAUCUGAUAAUUUUUUUCUUAAAUUCAGUUGGCAGAAGAUUUAAAAAAGCAACAGAUUUAGACCAUUUUUAAUAGAAUUUCGUUUCGUUGUCUUUCGAAUUGUUUGAAAUUCUCUAAAUUUUCUAAGGGAAAAUAGCUUAGAAAGUUUAUCUGUUUCUAGGUGCUGAGUAUUUUUCGCUUAAUUUAUCGUCGUACCAUUCUAUAGAAAUGAGUCUUAAGAAGUUUUCAUUGAGAUUUUGGUGGCAUAUCUUUUUGUAAAACAAUCAAAUCGAAAAGUUAAGAAAGACAAACAUUAUAGUCAAAAUACUGAGAGGUUCAUUGUUUAUGAGCCAUCUGAUAUUUUUAACCUACCUUCGUUACAAAAUAUUCGAAAAGAUUUCAUUCUCUUGUCAAGUUCUUGACAAAUACUACCAUCAUGUAAUUGUAAAAUUAUUUUCGACAUUAAGAAACCUUGAAAUAGAAAGUCUAAUAUAAAAUCCAUAUUAUCUUUCUAUCAGCAAUAGUAUCCUUUCAUGAAUUGCAAUGCCUUUCAGCUGUAUUAAAUAAUUAUUUUAAAUAAGAAUAGAUCAAAAUUCUCAAUUGUAAAGAAAUUAUAUCUUUAUUGGAAAAACAUAGAAAUUAUUACUAUUAGAAAUUCUAAGAGUUUUAUAUUGUAUGUAUUUGUAGAACUGAGAUAAUAAACUGUUCCUCGAAAGAAUUAAGGAUUUAAUUGACACGAUAUUUUGCCGGUUAACUCAAGAAUUCCAAUCAUUUGCUAGAAACUAAUAGUAUAAUAUUUUUCCAAACGAAAAAACCUAGGUAUUCCAAAUAGUGUUCAGUACUUGUAGAAAAACAAGGUUUCAUCUCAAUCGAACGUACUAUGUCGAAGAAACCGAGGACGAUUCUACACUUUUUUCGUCAGGUGAUCGAAAACUGACAGUGUUAGAGGUUCAUGACCGAUACUCUCAGCAUCUUUAGAAAUUAUCAUUAGGAUAAUUUUGUAUAUAAAGAAUAAUUGCAACGCAAGUUUUUCUGCUAGGGAUUUCAAGAGUUGAAUAUGAAUCGAAAACAUACUGUUUGUAACAUCUGGAAAGCGGCGAGAGAGAAAUUUCUUAAAUAACAAUAAUAAUUAUUAUUAUUAUUUGAUUUAGAUUUGUGAAAUUUGUGAUGUUGUAGAAACAGGAAAAAUCUAUAAUCUUGGUGUAACACGUACAAAUAAAGGUCUUCGUUUAAAACAUGGAAAUAAUGAACGUAUAUUUCGACUUGAAUAUGUAUCAAAUAAUGAAAUAUCUGAUUUUGAAUUUCAACGUUGGAGAGAAGCAAUGAUCAAACAAGGUAUUUCAUUGCCAACAUUAGAUGAUCUUGAAAAAAAAAUGAAAGAAAUUGAAGAAAGUAAACAUUAUGUUUAUAAUAAUAAUGAUAUAACACAAAUAGUACAAGAAAAAAAACGAUUUCGUAAAGCACCAAUAAAUUAUGCUGUAACAAAAAAUGAAUUAUUAAAAGAAAUAGAAAUAGCAAAAGAUGAAAAUGAUAUUGAAAGAGAAACUGAAUUAAGAAAACGGCUUACUGAAAUGGAAGAACGAGCGUCAGAACUUGAUCGUAAAAGAUCAGAGAAUAUUUCUGUUAUGGCGUAA